AUGAUCGGGCUCCAGGGAGAGCUGUCGCCACUAAUACUGAGGGUCAAAUCUUUGAUCGAACAAGAGAACAAGAUCGGAAAGGUCCUUAGCAGCUCCAUCAUCGCAGCGGGUGGGACCAGAACGCGCGACAGUAUAGUAGAGGGGCUGAGAUACUUUACCCGGAGGAUUGUUGGUGGCAACAUUAUUACUAUUGGACUCCGCCAUAUGAUCGACUUCGUGAUGCUGGUACUGGGCGAGCUGUCAGCUUUCCGAUCACCGCUGAAUAUCCAGCGCCCCCAGGUUCCAAUUAUGGGCAUCGAUGGGACCGUCAUAGAAAGUGUCGCCACAGUUGUUGCCGACCACAUCAUGCUCCUAGGUCUUUUAAGCUCUGGCGCUCCAUUGUCUGUCACCUUCCGUCGUGGACCUCCAUUUAAGGGUACGCCCGGCUUCAUAUGGUCGAUCCAUGGCGAAAAGGGGGAGAUCCGGAUCACGGCGACUGGGCCCGCACUGCAGGCCAAUGAUGAUGAAACAAAGUUGACGCUCCACACUUUCGAUCAAGAAGAAGUCGAAGUUAUCGAAUGGGAUCGGCAUUUCAAAGACCCGCCACGACCGGCUCGGAAUGUGGCCGCAAUGUAUGAAGCAUUCGCAAAUCGAGAGACGGAGAAGUAUCCGGAUUGUACCCACGCGGUGCUAAGACAUAGGCAGAUUGAGGAGGUAUUCAAAAGUGCUGAGGAGGGUCGAAGGGGUGUGUAUCUAGGAUGA